CAACUUAGACCAUAUGUCACGCACUGGAGGAAUAAAGCAUCAGUUAUAAAUAAGAUAGCAAAAAUGCAAAGUGAUAUGUGUGCGUCAAAGUGAAUCAUCAUCAAAACUACUGGUCUUGUGUUUUCUCGAGUAGUAAAUUAAACAUCUAGUAUCAUACAUAUAUAUAGAUGGGGAAUUUGUUUAUCAACGCUGUUCUUCUCAUCAUCUUGUUUCUUUUCUUAGUUACCUUCCAGCAGUUUCAAUCUGUGUGCAGCCAUGAUGAUAUUAAUAUUUCUGUUUAUUCAAGUGAUGCAGGCUGCAUUGUUAGUGAAAGACGAGCUCUCAUGAAAUUUAAAGGAAGUAUUCUUGUUGAUCAUGCAAAUCGCUUGUCAUCAUGGAUAGGUAAGGAUUGCUGCAAUUGGGAUGGAGUUGCAUGUGACAAUCUCACUGGGCACGUUGUGAAACUCGAUCUUCGUAAUCCCAUCAUUCCUUAUUAUGAUCACUACCACCCGCCGUUUAACAACAAUUUCGAUGAUUAUUAUAACAAUUCCUUGGUGGGUGAGAUCAAUCCUUGUAUAUGUGAUUUGGAGAACUUGAUUUAUCUGGAUCUCAGCUCCAACAAUUUUUCAGGAUUUCAAAUUCCAAAAUGUUUCGGGUCUUUGAAAAAUUUGAGAUACUUAAAUCUUUCUGUUGCGGGAUUGGAAGGAGAGAUUCCUCCUCAUCUUGGAAAUCUAUCUAAAUUAGAGCAUCUAGAUAUAUGUGGGUAUGUUUAUGAUGGAUGGAAUCAUUACAAAUAUUUCUUAUGGUCCAACAACCUUGAGUGGGUUACCAGAUUUUCUUUCUUAAGGAGUUUAGAUCUCUCCGGAAAUGACCUAAGUGGAUGUGUUGAUUGGUUGGAUUCAGUUAACAUGCUUCCUUCUUUGUCCUCUUUGAAAUUAAGAUGGUGCAGAUUACCAGAUAGAAAUCUAUUUUCUCAUCCUCUUCUUCCUUCUCAUUUCAAUCUUACAUCUCUUAUUUCGCUUGACCUUGGGAUGAAUUAUCUGAAAUCUCCCUCGCUACUGAACUGGUUUUCUAAUCUUACUACUAUCAAUCUUCAAGUACUUAGGCUUGACGAUAAUAAGUUCAACAUUCCAUUCCCUUACACGUUACAAAAAUUCAGGUCCUUAACGGUCAUUGACAUUAGUAUGAACUAUUUCAUCAAUUCUUCAUGGUUGUUAGAUUCAUUGUGCAACCACACAAGCCUAGUUUCUGUGGAUCUAAGUUCCAAUGAACUUGGAGGAUCACUUUCGGUUUGCCUUGGGAACUUGACCUCUCUUAAAGUACUUAAUCUGCACUUAACCAAACUUGGAGGAAAGGUACCCAGUGAGUUGGGUCAUCUCAAACAACUCACUCAUCUCGACUUGUCUUCUAAUUCUUUCAACUCUUCGAUUCCCACAAGUUUUGGAGAACUUUCGGAGCUAGAAUUUCUAGAUCUUCGGGGUAAUCAGUUGACGGGUGAGAUUUCCGAACUGCAUCUUUUGAAACUAAAAAAUUUGAAAUAUUUCUACGUCUCGGAGAACCAAAAUCUUACUGUCAACAUAUGCUCUCAAUGGAUCCCUCCAUUUCAACUGAGGACCAUACGAAUGAGUUCCUUAAACAUGGGGAAUCAAUUCCCUCUCUGGCUUCAAAACCAAAAGGAACUUUUAGCGUUAGAUAUGGCAAAUGCCAAUAUAUCUGCAGAUGCCUUCCCUGAGUGGUUGGGGACUACCUUUUCUCGAAUUCAAUGGCUGAAUCUAUCGAUGAAUAGUAUAAAUGGAAUGUUGCCAUCAUCAAUGAAGGCCUUGAAAUCUCUAGCUCAUUUAGAUCUCAGCGUAAAUAAAUUCAACGGCACUCUGCCAGAAUGGAUUGGUGAGCUAUCACAAUUGAGGGAGCUUUAUGUGCAAUCAAACAACUUCCAGGGCAUGCUUCCUUCAUCCUUGACGAAGCUGAAAGAUUUAGAAUUUCUCGAUCUCAGUAAAAAUCAAUUUAAUGGCACCCUACCUGAAGGGAUCGGCGAAGAGCUAUCACAAUUAGUAGUUCUUAGGCUUGCUUCGAACUGGUUCAACGGCAUGCUUCCGUCAUCAUUCAAGAAGCUGAAAAAUUUGUACCAUCUUGAUCUCAGUAAAAAUCAAUUUAAUGGCACCCUACCUGAAGGGAUCGGCGAAGAGCUAUCACAAUUACAAUAUCUUAGGCUUGCUUCGAACUGGUUCAACGGCAUGCUUCCGUCAUCAUUCAAGAAGCUGAAAAAUUUGUACUAUCUUGAUCUCAGUGAAAAUCAACUUAGAGGUACCAUACCGGAAUGGAUCGGCGAAGAAUUAUCAAAUUUGGAGGAGCUAAGAUUUCAAUCCAACCAUUUCUAUGGUAAUAUUCCUUUACAGCUCUGCCAAUUGCCAAACCUCGGAACUCUAAAAUUGGCCAAUAACAGUUUGAGUGGGCAUAUUCCAAAUUGUUUUGAUCAUUAGAGUUUGUGAUGGAUCGAUCCAGAAUCCAUACAUAGUGUCAAUGACACAAAUGGCUAUAUAUAGCGUAAUAUAUGUUCGAUGUCGGUUUUUUAAAGUCUCUCUCUCUCUCUUGUGUAUCGAAAAUUCAUAUUUAGUGUGUCACUCUUUUGUGUAUUAUGCGCUAUAGCGUUUGUUAAUAAUUAAGAUAUUUAAAUAUAUAAUUCCAUCCCGCUUACAACAAUUCUCACCAAUCUAUGAUGGCAAUUGAUUUGAUCAACAUUCAACAAGACCUUCAUUUAAAUUUCAUGAGAGCUCGUCUUUCACUUACCAGCAGAAUAGCUUUGAUAUCCAAAUUCCCCAUCUAUAUAUAGUAGUCUAGAUGUUUAAUUACUCAAAAAAAAAAAAAAACAACAAAAGACCAAUACAUGAUCUUUGGUUUUCGGUGAUGAUGAUGAUGAUAUUUCACGCACACUUAUUAUUACACUUAUUUUAUCCUCCACUACGCAACGCAACAUAUGGUCUACGUCGAUUUUUCAGUCUCUUUGUGGAAAAAAAAACUGCAACGACUUAUUUUUAUUCCAAGUCUUUGCAUUGUUGAUUUUUGUAAUUAUGUAGAGACUUCCAUUGACGAUAUAUGAAAGUGAAUAUGACAAGUUGGUUAUCCUAACCCUUACAACUAAACUAUCAUCUUUCUCAAAGUUUUAGGAUCACAAAACUUGCCAUAAUUAUUUUGGUUCUUUUUUUUUUUGUGAUGCUCUUUUUUUAUUUAUUCAUUUUCUUAAGUAACGUGUUUGAUCUUUGAAGAAAUGCAAUUAAGGUACAAUCUAAAAUGGGGGAAAUACUACCCUUACCAUAUAAUAGUUACAAG